UACGCACGGAAUUUGAGUAUCCUAAACAUGAUAGAAGUCGCCGGGAUGCAUAAAGAGGAAAGAAUGUCACGGCUGAGCAGAUACGACCUGAUGUGGCUCCAGAUGAUUGCCGCGCUAAGAACCCUUCAGUUUCGGUCAUUGUUGAUAACGAGAAGUCCGAGUUAAGUUCGAAUAGAUCGCGUUAUUAAUAAUACAUUCUUUAAAGAUUAAUGACAGAUGCAUAUCCUUGUAUCGGGCGGCGCUUGUUUGCAACGGCUACGUCAGCGAUAGUGCAAAACACUAGCUUUUUAAAGAAAAGCCUCCUAGUUGAUGGCAAUAAUGUAAUCUAUCAUUUCUACAAUCAGAUGUCCAACAUUGAAACGUGCGUAACUUACUUUCGUAAUUCGUGUGAUACAUUUCUCUAACUCUUUUGUCAAUAAUUAGAUGCAAAAUGGCAAAGGCAAAAAUGAAACGGUCGAUGGCUCUUGCGGCGAAUGGACAAGGCGCAUUGUCCUGAGCACAUACUAUUUGUCUUUCAUUCGAAACAGCAGUCUAUCAGGAGCAUCAUCCAGCCGGACUACAAGAGGCAACGACCAACGACGCCUCAUUCGUUAGAAAGAAGCCUUAAUGGCAGCCGGCGUCAACUGUAUUGAGCGCCAGGGUGUGGAGGCGGAUGACAUCAUCGCCUCCUACUCGACGCAAUACACGGCUUAUGGCUUCGACGUACUCCUCAUUUCAAACGACAACGACUUUUUGCAACUCGUGCAUGAUGGCAUCAACGAAGUGGCAAAAUUAAAAACAACAGAAGACGCUUAAGUGGACAAUGAUAUAUUGCCUGCUCCCAAGAUAUUUUGCCUGCUACCAUUGUCGAGAUCUAUCAACGGUAGUGCACUUACUCGCACAGUAUGCCCAUGCUGCGCCAUCUAGACACAGUCAAUGACCUAAUUUUACAAAAUUCGAGUGCAUUUCUUCUAUCAAGUUCUCCUGGAUGAUCAAACUCGUCAAUACAGUCGCGCUACCUGUUGCAAUUGAAGAGCUUGAUCAGUUUUAGAUAAAUGAGCUACAACUUAACAUUAAGCUAGCAACAUGUAUCGACAAAACAUUGUGGAAAAUCAGACUCAAACAAAAAGGCCUACUUUCCCCAGGUGUGAAAAAUGUUUGCCUAGCCUAAACGCAUCUUUGGCAGGUGGGCUUACGUGAUUAACUGCAAUUGUUGUUACCGAUCUAAAAUUUGCCCUUAGACUCCGAGCAUCUACUCACCAGAACAUCUGCUCGCGUUUCUUUUAUUCUCAUAUUAAUGAGAUCAAGACGCUGCUUGGCACAGCGGUCUGAGAACCAUAUCUUGAUUUCUUGAUUCGUGCCGCUAAGUUUGUCUACAGAGGGUUAUCCGUAUGAUCAUCUCGACUUAAAACCUUAUGCAGUUCUUCCAGUCGAGUCGCGGAUUCUUUUUAUACUCUUCAAUUAUUGUAGCAAGCUGCUUCACGAUAAAAAAUCACCCCGCUUGAGUACUUCUCGUAAAACCUUCGUCGUUUUCUCAGAGCGUAGGUCUGUUGGCUCUAUUGUCAUCGGGUCAUUAUUUACAGACCGAGCGUUCAAAUUUUCUUGUUUGUAUCGCUUGAUGCGGCUUUUCAAGUGCUUUACGCUUUGCCCCAGUCCCUUUCAAAAUUUGGUUUUGGCUUUCGGCUUCGACUUCGAGCGUGACUUAGACACUUUGUCAGAUUUGCAUACUGGCUG